UAUUUAUUAUAUAUGUAUUUUAUAUUUGCCAUCUGGGUCUUGUUUUAAUAAUAGAGAAAUCAGACCUUCCUGCUGAGUACCUGACAGACUACCAUUUCUACAGGAGUAGAUAAAACAAUCUAACAAUGGAGCUUUUAGUAUAUCAAAAAAUACUUGAUAUACCUCUACCGGUAUGCCAUCAAGCCCUGGGGUUUUUCCAGACUGAAAGGAUUUAAUAGCCUCAAAAUGUUAUUCCUCUGUAAUUUGGCCUUCGCACUAAUCUUUCUGUACAUUUGUUAAUUUUCCAUUUUUUAUAUUAUUUGGAGAGAAUUCCUUACCAUAAUCUUCAUUUAGUGGGAAAGGAUGAGACGGAAAAUAGAAUAUCUGCCUAAAAUAAUUAGCUUCCUCUUUUAAAAUAUAAUUCGGAGAAUCAUAGAUGACUCCGUCUUCAGUAACGAGUUUCUGCAAAUUAUUUUUGUUAGCGUUCCUGUAUUGGAGAUUUAGGAAGAAUUUGUGCAUUUUUCUCUGUAAUCCAUCCAGUUUGCUUUGUUUUUGGAAUAGUUUACAUUAGAUCGUUCUUGAAUAAGUCCCUCCAGUUCUUUUUGUUUUUCCUCUAACUUAUUUUGUAUCUCUGUAGUAUCGUUUUUAUUGCUAUCUACCUGUAAUAUUAGUUCAUGGAUUUCCCUUGUUAGUCUUGUUUCUUUAGCCAGAAACUGCUUUUUAUUAUAGAUGAAUAUUGAAUUGAAUGACUCCUGAAGGUACAUUUAAAGGUAUCCCAAACAAUAAGGGGAUUUGCUGAACCUGUAUUAUACUGGAAAAAUUCAGUUAUCAAUUAUUUUGUCUUAGUUAAAAUAAGUUGUCCUCCAGUAAACUUUGAUUACAUUUCCAAUAUCCCCGUCCACGUGGAAAACCUAUAAGAGUUAUGUGAAUGCCAAUUAGAUGAUGAUCCGAUCGCAUUCUGUCUCCUAUUAAAACUUUUUUAACCUUUGAUGCAAGAGAAAAAGAGACAAGAAAGUAGUCAAGACGACUAGCUUGAUUAAGUCUCCUCCAUGUAUAUCUCACUAUGUUGGUGUUUUUUAGUCUCCAAAUAUCCACUAUUUCUAAUGUGUCCAUACUUCUCUAGGAUAGGGAGCGACAUUUUCACUUUUGGAUUAAUUGGUGCCCAAAUUGAACGGCCUUGUACUCUGUCCUAGAUCAUAUGAUAUGCAUAUUAUUAUUACUAUUGGAUAGAAAACACUCUGAAGUUUAUAAAACUGUUUGAAUUAUAUCUGUGAGUAAAACAGAACUCAUAUGGCAGGCAAACUUCCAAACAGGAAGUGAAAAUUCUGUAAUGGGUCGCUGUGAAAGUCAUCGCCUAUUCAAUUCUCCUAUAUUUAUGGAUCUGUAUGCACUUCAUACGCCUUCCACUAGAUGUCAACAGGCAGUAGAACGUGGAAUGAAGCGUCUAGCAUGAUGUGGGGCCGAACGAGAGCUUUUGGAGUGACUGGUCAGGCAGAUUGCCAGUUCUUGGCCACGCACGCCGGUCAUGUGAUGUCCUUGUCUGUCCUGAGUUAUAUAGACAUGAAGAAAUGCUCCGUUUGGGACGUUAUUGGAUAUAUAUGAGAAAAACAUCCUGAAGAUUGAUUCUCAACUGAGUUUGACAAGUUUAUUCGAUUUGUAAUAUCACUUUUUGAAGUUUUCGUUCAUUAGCGUAAAUUUGUAUGGACACGUGUACUACACAUGCUAGCCAAAGUUGCUAAUUCGACAGAAGUAAUGGACAUUAUAAAACAAAACAACGAUUUAUUGUGGAACUAGGAUUCCUGGCACUGCAUUCUGAUGAAAGAUCAUCAAAGGUAAGGGAAUAUUUAUGAUGGAAUUUCGUAUUUCUGUUGACUCCAACAUGGCGGAGAAUGGCUGAGAGCCGUCUCAGAUUAUUGCAUGGGAUGCUUUUUACUAAAGUUAUUUUUUAAAUCUAACACAGCGGUUGCAUUAAGAACGAGUGUAUCCUUAAUUAUAUGUAUUCACAAGAUGUUUAUCUUUAAUUAUAUGUACAACAUCAAAGUUUUAUGAUGAGUAUUUCUCUCUGUAAUUAUUCUGGCUAUUUUGGAGCCAUUUCUGAACAUGGCGCCAAUGUAAAACCAUAAAUAUGGCUAUAAAUAUGCUAUAUAUGGCUAUAAAUAUGCACAUUAUCGAACAAAACAUAAAUGUAUUGUAUAACAUGAUGUCAUAUGACUGUCAUCUGAUGAAGAUGUUCAAAGGUUAGUGAUUAAUUUUCUCUCUAUUUGUGGGUUUUGUGAAAGCUAUCUUUGCUGUGAAAAAAUGUGUGUUUUUCUGGAUAUGUUGGUGAGCUAACAUAAAUAUAUGUUGUGUUUUCGCUGUAAAACAUUAAAAAAAAUUGGAGAUUAUAACAGAACAUGGCCAAGAUGUUCAAAUGUUCAUAAAUGACCAGCAUGGUCAAAUAAAAAUAAUCACAGUAGUUGUAGAGGGUGCAACAGGUCAGCACCUCAGGAGUAAAUAUCAGUUGGCUUUUCAUAGCCGAUCAUAAAGAGUAUCUCUACCGCUCCUGCGGUCUUUAGAGAGUUGAAAACAGCAUGUCUGGGACAGGUAGCACGUCCGGUGAACAGGUCAGGGUUCCAUAGCCGCAGGCAGAACAGUUGAAACUGGAGCAGCAGCACGGACAGGUGGACUGGGGACAGCAAUGAGUCAUCAUGCCAGGUCCUAGGGAUCAGGUGCUCCGAGAGAGAGAAAGAAAGAAAGAGAGAAUUAGAGAGAGCAUACUUAAAUUCACACAGAACAACGGAUAAGACAGGAGAAAUACUCCAGAUAUAACAGACUGACCCUAGCCCCCCGACACAUGCUACUGCAGCAUAAAUACUGGAGGCUGAGACAGGAGGGGUCAGGAGACAAUUAUUGACAACACCACACUCUGACCCUUUACAGUGAACUACCUAGACAGUAUAGGACUGACCAUAACCCUUUACAGUGAACUACCUAGACAGUAUAGGACUGACCAUAACCCUUUACAGUGAACUACCUAGACAGUAUAGGACUGACCAUAACCCUUUACAGUGAACUACCUAGACAGUAUAGGACUGACCAUAACCCUUUACAGUGAACUACCUAGACAGUAUAGGACUGACCAUAACCCUUUACAGUGAACUAAGGAAUGAGCAAAAAACAGGACUGCUGAACAGAAGAGCAUGGGGACAGUAUAGGUGCAACCUGAUAGGCCCCAGACGGUUAGUGACAAAUGAGAAGGUUAUGUGAGUGGAGCGUCACAGACGAGAUAGGUUAAAUUACCCUGCUGUCCUGCUAGGGUGUUAGUGUGAAGACCUAGCACUGGGUAGGGAACUGAGUAAGCAACCUAGUAGGGAAGUUCUAUUCCAUCUGUUUCCAUGGAGAAAAAGAGUGUGAUUAAGUUCAGCCACUGUCAGAAGGACAUCUUCUGUUUCUUGGUUCCAGAGAAAUGUCCAGAGUGUGGAGUGAGCUUCAGCAGUGGCAGCAGGCUGGAGGAGGCUCCUAUCCGUAUCCCCAACCCUUUUUCUAACGGACACAAGACCCCAUGCUGCUUCCUGGUCGCCCCGGCUGAGGAAAACAACCCCAGGGAGUUUGAUGGCGGCUCAGACCUACACACUGGGAUCACAGACACUAAUGGAGUGGUGUUCAACUACACUAAGCCAGGGGUCCGGCAGGACCAGCGAGGCUGGGAGAUGUGUAUCAGUAUUCCCCUGAUCCAACCAGACAUGUUCAACCUUCUCAACCAAUGGGACCAAUACCUCAACAAGUUCUCAGACGCCGAGAUGUGGGACCCAGCAUACAAAAGGUUUAAUAAGGAGACGCACAACUGCUACAACUACACUCUGAUGUUUCUGAACCGUGUGCUAGCAACACAGGGGAAAGGCUCUCUGACCAAAGACCAGUUCACUCAGAGCUUCGUCCUGCCCAAGAUCAAGAGAGCCUGUAAAUACACCAUCAUGUGCAGGGAGAUAUCACAGAACUACUUCUAUAUAGUGGACAGUCCUGUUAAUACUACAUAGUAAAUACAUCACAAUGUGCAGGGAGAUAUCACAGAACUACUUCUAUAUAGUGGACAGUCCUGUUAAUACUACAUAGUAAAUACAUCACAAUGAGCAGGGAGAUAUCACAGAACUACUUCUAUAUAGUGGACAAUCCUGUUAAUACUACAUAGUAAAUACAUCACAAUGAGCAGGGAGAUAUCACAGAACUACUUCUAUAUAGUGGACAGUCCUGUUAAUACUACAUAGUAAAUACAUCACAAUGUGCAGGGAGAUAUCACAGAACUACUUCUAUAUAGUGGACAGUCCUGUUAAUACUACAUAGUAAAUACAUCACAAUGUGCAGGGAGAUAUCACACAACUACUUCUAUAAAGUGGACAGUCCUGUUAAUACUACAUAGUAAAUACAUCACAAUGUGCAGGGAGAUAUCACACAACUACUUCUAUAAAGUGGACAGUCCUGUUAAUACUACAUAGUAAAUACAUCACAAUGUGCAGGGAGAUAUCACACAACUACUUCUAUAUAGUGGACAGUCCUGUUAGAGUGAUGGAGGAAGAAAGAAGAGGAGAGAAGCCUUGACUGUUUGAAACAAGAGGACAGAGACUGAGGCAGCCACAGUGCCACACAGAACAUGAGUUAAAAUGACCAUCAUCCCAGAAACCCUGUACUCACUCCAAUUCACAUACCGCCCCAACAGAUCCAUAGGUGAUGCAGUCUCUAUUGCACUCCACACUGCCCUUUCCCACCUGGACAAAAGGAAUGCUCUCCGUGCUAAUUACUAAGAUAACGACCCUGUGACUGAACACCUCCCUCUGCAACUGGAUCCUGGACUUCCUGAUGGGCCGCCCCCCAGGUGGUGAGGGUAGGCAACAACACAUCCACCACGCUGACCCUCAACAGGGGCCCCUCAGAGUUACAGUUCAUAUAAGGAGAUCAGUCAAUUGAAAUUCAUUACAACCUAAUCUAUGGAUUUCACAACUGGGAAUCCAGAUAUGUACAGUUGAAGUUAGAAGUUUACAUUCACUUAGGUUGGAGUCAUUAAAACUUGUUUUUCAACCACUCCACAAAUUUCUUGUUAACAAACAAUAGUUUUGGCAAGUCAGUUAAGACAUCUACUUUGUGCAUGACACAAUACAUUUUUCCAACAAUUGUUUACAGAUUAUUUCACUUAUAAUUCACUGUAUCAUAAUUCCAGUGGGUCAGGAGUUUACAUACACUAAGUUGACUGUGCCUUUAAACAGCUUGGAAAAUUCCAGAAAAUUAUGUCAUGACUUUAGAAGCUUCUGAUAGGCUAACUGACAUCAUUUGAGUCAAUUGGAGGUGUACCUGUGGAUGUACUUCAAAGCCUACCUUCAAAUUCAGUGCCUCUUUGCUUGACAUCAUGGGAAAAUAUUGUAGACCUUCACAAGUCUGGUUCAUCCUUGUGAGCAAACAAUAGUACGCAAGUAUAAACACCAUGGGACCACGGAGCCGUCAUACCGUUCAGGAAGAGAACAUCGUUAUGUUUAGAGGAAAAAGGGGGAGUCUUGCAAGACAAAGAACACCAUCCCAACCGUGAAGCACGGGGGUGGCAGCAUCAUGUUGUGGGGGUGCUUUACUGCAGGAGGGACUGGUGCAUUUCACAAAAUAGAUGGCAUCAUGAGGCAGGGAAAUUAUGUGGAUAUAUUGAAGCAACAUUUCAAGACAUCAGUCAGGAAGUUAAAGCUUGGUCACAAAUGGGUCUUCCAAAAGGACAAUGACACCAAGCAUACUUCCAAACUUGUGGCAAAAUGGCUUAAGGACAACAAAGUCAAGGUAUUGGAGUGGCCAUCACAAAGCCCUGACCUCAAUCCUAUAGAAAAUGUGUGGGCAGAACUGAAAAAGUGUGUGCGAGCAAGGAGGCCUACAAACCUGACUCAGUUACAUCAGCUCUGUCAGGAGGAAUGGGCCAAAAUUCCCCCAACUUAUUGUGGUAGCUUGUGGAAGGUUACCCGAAACAUUUGACCCAAGUUAAACAAUUUAAAGGCAAUGCUACCAAAUACUAAUUUGGUGUAUGUAAACUUCUGACCCACUGGGAAUGUGAUGAAAGAAAUAAAAGCAGAAAUAAAUAAUUCUCUACUAUUAUUCUGGCAUUUCACAUUCUUAAAAUAAAGUGGUGAUCCUAACUGACCGGGAAGUUGUACUAGGAUUAAAUGUCAGGAAUUGUGAAAAACUGAGUUUAAAUGUAUUUGGCUAAGGUUCCAACUUCAACUGUAUCGGUUGGUCACAGAUACCUUAAAAAAAAAAGUAGGGGUGUUGAUCAGAAAACCAGUCAGUAUCUGGUGUGACCACCAUUUGCCUAAUGCUGCGAGACACAUCUCCUUCGUAUAGAGUUGAUCCGGCCUGUGGAAUGUUGUCCCACUCCUCUUCAAUGGCUGUGCAAAGUUGCUGGAUGUUGGUGGGAGCUGGAACAAGCUGUCGUACACGUCAAGCCAGAGUAUCCCUCAACGGGUCUGGUGAGUAUGCAGGCCAUGGAAGAACUGGGACAUUUUCAGCUUCUAAGAAUUGUGUCCAGAUCUUUGAGACAUGGGUCAUGCAUUAUCAUGCUGAAACAUGAGGUGAUGGCGGCGGAUGACUACAAUGGGCCUGAGGAUCUCAUCACGGUAUCGCUGUGCAUUCAAAUUUCCAUUGAUAAAAUGCAAUUGUGUUCGUUGUCCAUAGCUUAUGCCUGCCCCAUUCCAUAACCCCCCCCC